CCACCGCAGUAGUUGAGCGUCGCGAUCCGCCGCGAGAGCAUCGUCCGUUGUGAGUACUGGCGCGCUCCCACCCCUAUCGUGUGCGCGUUCCGUUGCCUGUACAAAUACAGCGCGACCUCGCACACAACCGAGCAGUUUGCUGCGAGCAGUGGCAUCGGGCUGAUCGGCAGGGAUCGUCACCAACUGUACGGCACAGGUUCGGCGGCCGAGUAGUCGACGAAGAGCGACGGGACGCGACGCGACGACAACGCGCGCCCCUAAAAGCAGUUAUACUCGAAGCGACCAGUGGCGAUAGACGUGGCGCGCACAGACCGCUGCCGGUUCAGUCGAGGUCGAUCCACCGGCAGGUGAGGAUCGUCGGUGUGUCACGGUCUUCCAUCAGCGAUCUUCAACAUUCAUCGUUCGAUAUCACGGUUGUGCAUCGUCGCAGUUCCGCAAAUAGGUGUACGCGGUAUUCAACGUCGGCUUGAGUGUACGAAGAAGAAGUGUAUCGAAGAACUCAGUGGGAAUUUAAUUAGUGAAGAAGAGGCUUUCGCGUGUGCCACGCUUGGCAUAUCGUUAUCAUCGUUGCGAGUCGACUUGUUCGCGAUCAGUGUUUUUCGUGGGACGAGUAAAAUAAACGUCGCAGAUUCUCAUCGAUCAUCGUCGAGAACGAGAAUAGAGAUUACAGUACUCUUGGAUAUUCAGCGAAAUUGGUGCGACGACUGGUGUUUCGUGAGUACGUCCUUGACGUCCGUCCUUUCGUCGAACCGUCGCGUCGAGACUGUGCGCGGUGUUUCUUUUUUUCUUUCGCCUCUGGCAACGUCUCUUUCCCGCGGUCAGACGCUCGAAAGUUCACGCACGCACAGGCGUAGCGCGACGAAGAUACCGAACACGCGCAGUGAUCGUCGGUGACCGUGGACAGUUCGCGUAUAUACACGCGCGGAACGGAAAAAACGCGUGGCUGUGUCGAAAGUGUGUCCGCGUACGUACAAACGUUGCGAGGAAAACUGAUCCGACGCGAUCUGUUCUACCGUUGAUCGUGCGUGCACAUAUAACUGUAUCAUCGUCCUCGUCGCGCACGAUUCGAUCUUUCUCAGCUGUUCCUCGUGGCGGCACAGCAAUAAUAUCGUUUUCCCGCGCGCAACUACGAUUGGCUGAUACGAACGAACAGCAGAAGGCAACGUGCUACUCGUUUCGUACUCCAGACGGAGAAACGCAUUCGCAAAACGAGGAGAGAGACGAGCGAAGGAGAAAGGAGACAAAAAGAGAUAGAGAGAGAGAGAAGCAGUUAUCGCGGAGGAAGGUAUGUGCGCGAGAAGAGCAGACUAAGAAAGAAGAGAGCAGUACGAGCACAAGUAGAGGGGGUGGGCAACAGGAGGGGAACCGGCCGACCGAGUUGUUUCAUUCAUAAAAAAGUUCUUUAUUACUCUCUGUGAGCGCAUGUGCUAUUCCACGGAGGACCUCCCCCAACCGGCGUAACCACGUUUACACACGGUAUUAUUUACUACUGCGCGAGAUACGAAUCGCUGCCACACGCCGUGGCAACGGUACGGCGUACGGAUCUCCCGUAUCGUCGCUCGUUCUUCGCGCUCUAUCACGCGUGUUUGGCGCGUUGAUUACGCAUUAUCCGAUUGUCAUCAUCCGGGCGUUCGUUCAAGAAGAUCUUGCCGAUAUUCCACCUUAGGAGACGACAACCUUAUCGAUAUUCGUCGAAGGAGAAGGACGGCGCUCGAGGCAUACCACGACGGCUCACGCACACGCGAACGAUCGACCGCCGCGUAGUUGGGUUCGCGAGCUCUCUCUUUCUUUAUCGGGCACGUCGCGCGCGUGUGUCGCCUGUCUCGCGGACGAGCAAUUGGAAUUCCUCGCGUGUCCACACGCAGGCCCGAUAUAGUCGGAUGGCGCGAUCUGGAACGUGAACGUCGAUCGAUCGCCUUCUCGCGCGUCACAAGACCCGAAGAGGCUCAUCGUGACGGUCCGCGACAAACGCGCAAAGGAAAGAAAAAAAAUACGUUGGACGACGCGCUUCCAGAAGACGGAGUGUCGCUCCUACGAGGAACCGAAGAAGGAGCCAUCCUGGAUCUAAGGACGACGAAUCUGGACGUUUACGUCGACAAUCCCGAUCGGGUAUUGGACGGUCGCAGCCGGUUACGCGACAGGGAUCGCAAACCUACCAAAAUAGAUCCUAAAGCGUCCGACGAGGGGUUCGCGACGACGGAGGACUGUAGUUACGAGGACCGUUUGCAAGAUAGUCGCCUGACCGGAAUGAGGGGCGAAUCGGCACGUCCGGGUAAGCGCCCUUUAAGGGCGCUAUCCGCUUCCGAGAAGAUGGAUGCGAUACAGAGGGUCCACGAGGGAGAGAGCAAGGCUUCGGUGGCACGGGACAUCGGCGUACCCGAGUCCACGUUGAGAGGAUGGUGCAAAUCUGAACACAAAAUUCGAGGAAUGGCCAGGAAUUCGUCGACGCCAGACAGCGAGGCUCAUUCACCGGCCUCGUCUUCCGGGGCGAACGUGACUGCUGGCUUGGCUAGCGGAUCGGCGAAUCUAUCCAGUGAUGACGAUGGGCCGUGCGUGAAGAAAUCGAAGCUAGAUCAACAGAAUUCGGUGACGAGCGCAGGCACCUCUUACGUCGGUGACGUUUGCGUCGACCCGGACAAGCAGGACAACAAACCGAAGAUCGACUACGUGGGGUUGAUGACCAGCAUGGCGGGCAUGAGACCCGAAAACAGCUCGCUGCUUCUUCAGCAACUGGGAUUAUUGUCCGGCGCGACCGGCACGCUCGCUAAAAAUCUGCUGAACAUGUCGCCAGCCCUGACUCACGGUAGCACCGUGGGUCUCGUCGAGAACGGGCUGCAGUACACGAAAAAUACCGGGAACGCGUGUAUCACGAACACUUUGAACGGCGGCAGCAAGAGACACAGCAUCUCCGCGAUUGCACCGGCGCAGAUGGACUCGGUAGUCUCUAAAUCGUGCACGCGAAAGAAUUUGCCAGCUGCCGCGGAGGCCCCGUCGACGCCGGUCCCCGUGUCGCCGAGGAAGAACAAUGUCAAUGAGAACAACAUCCCACGAUCUUCGAGCAAGUCGAAAAAAGAUGGGAACGUGAGCAGCGGCAACGUGAACAACGGCAAUAAGAAGGUGGACGAGGCUCUGUGGCUCUGGCUGACGCAGCAGCAGCAGCUGCUCGGCCAACAGUCGGCCAGUUUCAAUCCGAGCAUCAAUCAGCAAGACGGAUCAUGGUUCUGGCAGUGGUACAAACAGUGCAGUUUCCCGCUGAUAACGCCAACGCCUUUAGCGCCCAGUCCGGUCGCCAAGAAGUCGCCGAGCAAGGCGAGGGCCAUGCUAGACAACGUGCUGUGCAACAACAACAACGAGAACGUGAAACGGGCUCUGAACAUGGACGAGGAGUCGUCGGCCGUGGCCGAUGACGUCGAGCCUGCUACCGGCGACGCGCCGAGCAGCACCGAGGAGGCUAUCGAACACGGGGAAAAGUUCUUCAAGUGGCUGGACAAAUGUUCCGACCCGGCCGUGACCAGGCUCCAGAUCAUUCAGUUCAAAUAUCUGUUGGACAAUCUGAAGGCGUGCAGGAAGAAGUCGACGUCUAACUCUAAGCAGAGCAGAAAGUAGGCGAGGGUAGGUGAGGGAGUCGAGCUGUGAUGCUAAAUAUAUAUCUUUAGGAAAGAGUGCGUUAGCUACCGUGCCUCGAACAACGCGGUUCACGGGGCGGAGAAAAAAAGAUAGUUAGAAUUCGAUGGAGACGUACACACGAGGAACGAGGAAGUAAAGAACGCGGGACAAAGGGACAGCGAGAAAUAUCAAAGUAUUUUUCUCUUAUUUCAUCUUCCGAUAUAGCUGCCCGCGACAAACUUUUCAAAUUCCUUCGAGAUAAAUUUCUUUUUUUUGGGGGGGUUUUUUCUUAUUCUUAGUUUUGUUUCUUGUCAUUCGGUCGCGUCGAUUCCCGAGAUCCGCGUAUCUCGUUUCCGACUAGCGCGCGAGUAUGUCCGUGGGUGUGUGUGAAAGUAUGUAUGUAUCCAAAGAGUGAAUAUACGACGAACAAGGGAAAACUGUUGCGUUUGUUCGCCGCCCUCGACGAACGCGAACGAUGCACGAUCGUGUGCCUCUCACCACGUUUUGUCGCUACUUUUGAGUUACCGUAGGACUCGGGCCGAAUCAAAAUGGGUCAUUGACGACCCUUCGUUUUCCUUAACAAAAUCUUGUACAUAAGAGGAUAUACCAAAUUCGUGAGACCGACUGGUGUAAUUAUAGUAAAAGUUAAGAUGUUCGUAGAGGAGAGGUAUUAUUAUCAAUUACGACUUUUAUCAUUCGUUAGCGUAAGUGCGCGCAGCCGGGAAACUCUCUCGCGAUCAGAUUUAAAUACCAUAGAUCUUCUCGACCGUUGAACAACAUUCGCGUUCCGGAUUUUCAUUUACAUUCUCUUCGCAUUAUUCCGCCCCGAAUGUUGAAAAUCGAUCGGGAUCGCGUUCAAUUUAGUUUCUCCCCCGCGUUUUAAUUAUUGCGCGGCUCUAUUCGAAAGAACAGACAACCUGUUCACAUUUAAUUGUGAACUGCGCUUUUUUCCCAAACAGUUCUACCUCUCGUUCUGUUAGCGCGUUAUUUACGUACAGUAAGAGUAACGAUAAGAUUUAAAGUAACGUGUGCACGCGACUCGCACGAAACUAUAUGGUCCAAACGAAACAAAUGAGAGAAAUUGAGGCGAAGCGACGAGAAAACAGUGUUUGUUAUAUCGAUGAGAAAUUAUAUAUUAUAUAUAAGAGUAUAUAUAUAUAUAUUAUAAAUAUUUAAGGACCUUCGUCGCUUAGCUUUAGUAAGAUAUUCGAUGAGAAAGAAAAGGAAACACGUUUGAUUACUUACUAUACUGAGCGGCUUGUCCAGUGGCUCGUACUCGACGUAGUCGCUGACAAACUUUCCGCACCCCUGCCACGUGUACAGUUCCGGAUACGGCAGCGUACUUCGUCUGAUAGUGGUAGACACGAAUUUCUGCACAAGAACGAAGCGAUUCGAAACUAUCAAAAUACAUUUCUAUCUUGUGAUUUUGUUUUCUAACUCCUCUACCGUUUACUUUGCUUGCAGCAAGAUUAUACGCGCGCCCAUGACUCCCCUCCCCCUUUGAUCUAUUUAACGCGACUCUUACCGAUAUUUAUUUUGCUUCUUUCUUUUCGCGCUACGAGUCAGCAGAUCUGGCGAUGGUUUCGCGAAAUCUUUCGAGGCUCGGACCAUUUACAAGUUCGUUUCUUUCCUUCCUUUUCACGUUUAUCUAGUAUCGUCUCGUAAAACGAUUGUUCCUAUCGUGUCGCGCGAGACGUCCGUCGGUUCAAAGCGAGAGAUAAUCUUGCAGUUAGCAAAGCGUAUUUAUAAAAGCAACAAACAACAAAAAACCAAAGUGAAAGAGAGUGCUGUCGAGUGACAGUACGUGUAAAUAAGACUGUGACCGUGCACUUGCACGCAAAGUGCAUACUAUGUAUCGUAGAAUGUUUGAAGCAUGUACGGAUAAAUGUAUAGCGAAGUUUAUUUUUAUUAUUUAGAUCGUAGAGGAGAGGAGGUUCGAGUGUAUUAGAAAGAUUCCUAUUGCACAGUUAUUUCCACUAGUUGAAUUAAAUCGGGCACGAUUGACAGGAGUAACGAUAAUGAGAAACUUAGUCUGUUUGAAGAGAAACGACAUUCCUCGUUAUCCCUGACAAAAAAAAGAAAAAAAAAACACGUUGGACGACUCAGGCGAUUUUUUCGAUAUCGAUAAUUUUGUUUAAGUUUUAUACGAACGAAUGCAUUUGUAUAACGCUGAGUCGAGGGAGACAUUCAUCGAGCGUACCACGAAAGUGAAAUAAAACGAACUUGAUCGCAUGAUUCUUUUUUUUCUAAUUUAUCCUGUAUGAAAACAGCAAACAGAAUCGGGGAGUGACGCGAGAUAAACACGAGUGGGACCGUUGACGAUGAAUCGUUGUUCAGUUUGUAAAGUACACGAUUGUUUAAAUGAGAAAGAAAACUCAUGUUGUAAUGUGCAAAGAAGUGUGUAAGUGUAAAUAUAUCAGGUAUAAUGUACAAAACUAUUCGAAACACCUUUUAAAUUAAUUAUACCUUGUCGAGUUUAGUGCGCAAAACGCGUCCACUGUACGUUACAAUCCGCCAUUUUAGGAUACUCGGAGAGUUAGGAAAAUGAUCUUGCGUGAUUGGUCGUGAAAAAUUAGAUGCGACACGCGCGGCCAAUUUCCCGUGGCUCGUGAGAGAUUGGCGCCAAACCAUUGCCGCCGAACUUCACGCGAUUCGUAAAGAUUGAUUUAAUUUUAAUGAGAUGACGAAAAAUAUACGAAUAAAAACUAA